AUGAAUUUAAUGUAAAAUCUUAAGCUGCAAGGUAUUGCCACAAAUCAUGCAAUAAUACCACCUCUACCCACUGGAAACCUGCCUACAAGCAACAAUAAAAUAGAAGACUAUCGAUGCUAGCUUAGCUUGUCAAUAUCUACUUUCAGGAAGUCUUAACAUGGCAGGUUAGCAGAUAAUAAUGGGCAUAGUGCUGGCAAUAAUAAUGACAUCAAUCAUCACUUAGUCAAUAAUGGUGUUGUUGGGCCACCCAGCGUUACUAGUAAUCAUAAAAUAUUGCAUUAAAACGCCCUCGUUAACCACUCUCAUCUGUCUAACUAUGACACUAACAAGCGAAAUGAAAAUCUGCUGAAGGUCAAAUUUGAUUCACUUCUUAAUAAGAAACUUGACGAUGACUUCCUGGAUAUUGGAAUCAUUAAUAACAACAAUACCACGAAUAGAUCUUCAAUACUAGGAGGAAGAAUAAGUAAAUAGGUCAACAGAAGAUUUUCUGAUUCGGUAGACUUGAAUCUGAUUAAAGAAGCCAGGAAAAGCAGACUCAAUUCUUAAGGUUAAAGAUAGAAAACCUAAUUAAAAUAACUCAAAAGAAAAUGGCAGUCAUCAAUAGAGCCAGAAUCCCCUGGAGAUAUAUUGAAUCCCACUGUCCCAAAGGUAAUGUAUGGUAAUAAAAAACACAGUCGUAUAAAGUCUCUCUGUCCUGGUGGAGAGGAUAGCAAGAGAUACAUGAGUCAUUAGGGAUAAUAGAAAUAAUACAAGUUACAAUCAAAAUUACUCUCAUAUGCAAAAUUACCCGCAGCCAUUGCAAAUAAAGUCAAUAUUUAAGACAAUUUUUUCGCUGCAGUAGUAAAUAUCACAGUUUAAAAAGAGAAUCAAAGAAUUGUUGAAUUAAAAUAAAGGGAAAGAGAGAACUAUAACUCAUUGGAAUAGUUCUAUGUCAGAACAUUGCAAUAAAUUAAAAAGGAGCAUAGCGAGGAAGUUGAGGAGAUUUACUCUAUACUGUCUGAUAUGUCUAAAGAUAGCAUGCAGCUUAAAGAGGAAAAUGACGACAUGAGUCUAAGAUACAGACGUAUCUUGGAAGAACAUCAGAGGCUGCUAGAUAAAUAUGAUCAAAUUAAUAAUCUAGUCAACUCGAAAGAUGAAAACAUUCUGGUUAAGAUUAUGGAGUUUGAGUAGAAAAUAAGAGAAUUAGAAUCACAGAUCAUAGUGUCUGAAAAAGAAAAAGAGAGACUAGCAUAGGAUGUGGAGUAUUACAAGAUUAAAUCUGAGAAAAGGUUCAAAAAGCUGAUCACAUAUGAGCGGAAAUACUUUAAUGUUGAUAUCGAUGUACUUCAUUAAAAAGUAAACUUUUUCCAGUCUAAGUUCGAGCUCACAAAGUACAAGAUAGCUCAGUUCAUUAGUAAAUUCGGCGAUUAGCUCCCUCUUACUGCCUACUUCGAAAGUAGAGAGUAUAAGUUACUAGAAAAAGCUAUUGAUGAGGGUGCCAUGUUUGAUCCCACUGAUGUGUAGAACUUGAUGGGUGAUAAUCUGCUGUAGUAGCAAAACAAGGAGAUCUAUGAUGUGAGCGUCGAAAGAUAAGAUUAUGAGGACCAGAUUAAGUAACAUAAUAUCCUAUUUGAGAAUAGCUUUUGA